UGUUUGUCAUUCCCGAAUUUAUCCUGGGCCGAAGAUAUUCGAUCUUCCUCUUCUCUUAUCCUUCGCCGGGUUUUAGAUCUCCAAAACCUCGCACUCUUACUGUACUGAUCCCUGGGUUUCUACUCUGGAUCGAGGAAUUGUGGGACGUUAUUCUGUGGAUAGAAUCAUGAGCUGCUUCGGCUGUUGCGAGGAAGAUGAUAUGCAUAGAAAUGCUGAUUAUGGAGGCCACAACACGGCUAAAAACUCCCGAGGAAACGAUGGAGGUCAUCGUGCAUCUGAAACUGCACCAAAGGGAACCCAGGCCGUGAAGGUGCAGCCCAUAGAAGUACCUGCUAUUCCAGCGGAUGAACUGAAGGAAGUUACUGAAGAUUUUGGACCAAAUUCUCUGAUUGGUGAAGGCUCGUAUGGAAGAGUAUACUACGGCAUACUAAAAAAUGGGCAGCCUACUGCAGUUAAAAAGUUAGACUCCAACAAACAACCCGACGAUGAAUUUCUAGCCCAGGUUUCUAUGGUAUCCAGACUAAAGCACGAGAAUUUUGUUCAGCUGCUUGGUUACUGUGUUGAUGGGAGCUCACGUCUACUAGCUUACGAAUUUGCCAAAAAUGGGUCUCUUCAUGACAUUCUUCAUGGGAGAAAAGGUGUGAAGGGAGCACAGCCAGGUCCUGUGUUAUCGUGGCAUCAGAGAGUGAAAAUUGCUGUGGGAGCUGCAAGAGGACUGGAAUAUUUGCAUGAAAAGGCAGAGCCUCACAUCAUCCACCGGGACAUCAAGUCCAGCAAUGUUCUAAUCUUUGAUGAUGAUGUUGCUAAGAUUGCUGACUUUGAUCUCUCCAAUCAAGCACCUGAUAUGGCUGCCCGCCUUCAUUCAACUCGUGUUCUUGGAACCUUUGGGUACCAUGCCCCUGAAUAUGCAAUGACCGGGCAAUUGAAUGCCAAAAGUGAUGUAUACAGUUUCGGGGUUGUGUUGCUCGAGCUUCUCACGGGUCGAAAACCCGUUGACCAUACCUUACCUCGAGGCCAGCAAAGUUUGGUCACUUGGGCUACACCGAAACUCAGUGAAGACAAGGUUAAGCAGUGUGUUGACGCAAGGCUUGGAGGAGAUUACCCUCCUAAAGCUGUUGCUAAGCUAGCCGCGGUGGCUGCAUUGUGUGUGCAAUAUGAGGCUGAUUUCCGGCCUAAUAUGAGCAUAGUUGUGAAAGCCUUGCAGCCAUUGUUGAAUGCUCGCCCUGCUCCUCCUGGGGAAGUAGCCCCUUAGCUGAAAGUGAAAAGAAGGUUUGUCAAUAUAGAGAAUCAACCAAUAUAUAUAUAUAUAUAUAUAUAUAUACACAAGUUUAUAUAAACUGUACAAUUGGGUGUUUUCUUUUUCUGGUUA